CGGACAUGCAAGGUGGUAAGCAACCAGGCACUCAUGCUAUAAGCGGAACGGUCGAUAUAUAUUCAGCUCGUCUAGAGUUAUAUUUAAACAGCUUGAUGGAUCGAUCGUCGCCUACUUUGCUUAUAAACCGUCCAGAAAUUCGGGCUCUAUUGGACGAAUACGCACGAACACCUCUGGAAGAUCUCUUCCGGGAAGGAAACAUCAGCGCAUACCGCCUCUCAGAUACAGAAGAAGGGGACACCUUCCAGUUACGAUGGCAGUUGAAAACGACUGACACAACCGGGACGCCCGAUAUCUCCUUCAGGCUCAUAGGUGAAGUCAGGCACUCUCAAGAACGUCAAGAAAAUCGCUCGGACCAACGCAUAGAAUGCGCUCGAGUGUCUCGGAAGAGCCUGUCGAAAUGGUUUGCAGACAAAGAAUAUCCGUCUUGGAUGACAGCCACGAUCGAUGGACUACCGAACAGAGAGCAAGUCUGGGCCAUACUAGAUCCCAAAGAGACAGUUCAGGAGACUAGAGAAGAGUCGCAAAGAAGUCUUGGAAGCCCAUUUCGCAGCUCUCCUGCGCGAAGGCUCCGAUCCACCAGGUCGACUGGUUCUGCGUUUUCAAUACAAACAAGAGCACCCCUUUCGUCCUCCAGAAGUUCACACACCAGAAACAACUCAUUCAAACAACGGAGCACUUCGUCUCAAACCAAUUUUAGCGAUUCACCUUUCCGUUUACCAGGUCCUCCUGCGUCAGCGAACCGUCGAAUGGACAAACUUCGCCGUCGCACAUCCGACAGCUCGGCUGUAUCGCCGGAAACUUUCCGUCUGACUUUGCAGGGUUUCAAAAUGCCUGGGGAUUUGCUAUUGAGCUGCAACGUCACCUCCAAUGAGCUCACCGAUGUGCAAAAGAGGUACUUGAAGGGUCUAAUGCGCAAUAAUCCGCAAAGUGUUUCCUGGGAUGAUCAAACUACACAAGUCGAAUGGGCGAUGGCUGUCGAUCUGAUCCCUGUCCAAAACAGCCGCAUCGUAUUGCGCAUUCAUUUUCUGCCAAAUACAGCUCAUGCUCGACAUUCCCUCCUCGGUGCAUACCAUGAGCAAGGCAUAUCGUUAUCUUGGAUUUCGCAAAUAUGGCCGGAGGCGAACUACCCUAAUUGGAUGGAGGCCAAGUGGACUAAACAUCCGGAUCCCCAUGUUAAAAGCGCGGUGAGAAGGACUUUCGAGAGGAUAAAACAGCGUAUCGCACAUGGAAGUCAAGUCAUCAUAUCUAGCUCUGAUUCGGCCAUUGGACUUUCUGACGAUGAAAUCUGCACUUAUCAGACGCAACAAGCUGAAUCCGUUGACACGAGUUGCUUGAGCUCGUAUUUUGCGCCGAAUCUUACCGCCAGUCCGAUCUCAUACCAUGAAACUGCGGAAACAUGCGCUUUGACAGGUCAACCACGACUUGAAUUCGGGCAUGACCUGGGAUACUCACCAUCCCAUACGGGCAAAGGAUAUGCGUCUCAGUGGUCGCACGACUGGACCAACGACGGUGCAACCGUCUUUCACUGCCACCUCUCCCAGAACUACACGGAUGCCUGGCAAAAUCCCGCCAAAGAUCAACCUUCAACCGGCGCUAGUAUUUUGGGACUCGGGAUGCAGUCGUUACCAGAUGGCUCAUUCCCUUCUCCGGCUGAUAACAAUCCUCUUCAAGAAGAUAUCGCUGAUGCGUGGACGAGCGAGGACACAAACUAUGGCUUAGUGCCGGUGUCAAAUAACUGCGACUACAGCUUGUGUCAGACUGCCGAUGACCAAACUUUUCGUUCUCCCACGAGUGAUCGAGGUUCGUAGGGCGGUUGGUCGCCUGUUUCGAUGCCACCCGUGGAAUCGGUAUUUAGAAAUGAGCUAGAUAGCUGAACGAGGGGAUUUCCGCUCGUCCAACUUGUCUGGUCUCGAAAUCGAUGACAGCAGCAGUCGCAGACCAGAGUGAUCUUCGUUAUAACAUUAUCA